GCUGUCUACCCUCACCAACUCCUACCUCCCGAGACAAAUUCCGAGGUCGACACAAGAAAAGGGAAAGAACCACAGGUAAUUGCCUUCCUGUGUCGGGAUUGUAGCUCCAAUCCACUCCGCGCCGGCCGGGUGCGCUGCCAUCCGGAUCAGACGCCCUCGCAUCUCUCGCCCUUCCGGCAUCGUAUCCCCUGGGCGGCAGCGGAGUAAAGAUCCGACCCGCUUGGGAUUGUUUGCUUCUCCUUUUUGCGGUGCGCCGCUGGACUCCAGUGCUGCACAUGCUCGACGACGGUGCUGAGCUCCUGCAAUGGCCCGAAGAAAUGCCGGCGCAAUGCAGCGGGAGGGUUCCGCGGGGUCGGUUAAGGACUGGUCGGAAUUCGACCCUUCGCCGUCUCCCAAGCUGGCGUACUCGCAGUCCUACGUCGCCAUGAGAGGGCUGUUGACGUCGGUGGCUUCUCUGGACCCUGUCCUGACGUCGAGCAGCCUCAAGUCUCUGUGGGCAGCCUUGUCAUCGCACAGGCACGCUCGGUCCUUGGAGAGGCCAAAGUACAAGGGGAUGAACUGGAAGAGGCCCAUGUUCCACCUGCUUGUGUGCUUCUUAGUAGGAGUUUUCAUUGGAUUCACACCACUCUUCUCUCUCGAUUUAUCCAGUAACAUAGAUUCUGAAAACGAGACGCUUCCGUUUGACGGGGAUGUGGUUAACAGACAGAUGCUGGAACUUAAAAGUACAAGGUUGGAGCCGAUUGUGGCUGCGGCAGAGACUGAAGCCGCCCAAGAACAACAGGUUGAUGAGAGUCCUCCAGUUCCUGCGAUGCUGGAUGAUGAGGCGGACUUCAUUGAAGCGUCACAUGUCCAACCUUCUGUUAAUGAUUCUGACAUUGUUGCAAAGAAGCAGCUGAUAAUUGUGACAACAACUUCUGUUCGACCACACCAAGCUUAUUACUUGAACCGCCUGGCUCAUGUUUUAAAAAAUGUACCACCUCCUCUUCUGUGGAUUGUGGCGGAAUGGCCAUAUCAGUCCCGUGAAGCAGCGGAGAUCCUGAGGUCUUCUGGGGUUAUGUACAGACAUCUUAUCUGCAAUCGGAACAGUACAAAUAUAAGGAAGAUUAUUGUCUGCCAAAAGAACAAUGCAAUUUUUCAUAUCAAGAAGCACCGUUUAGAUGGUAUAGUACAUUUUGCUGAUGAGGAGCGAGUGUACUCAGUUGAUUUAUUUGAAGACAUGCGAAAAAUCAGGCGCUUUGGUACGUGGCCAGUAGCGACACAUGUUGGAGCCAGGUACAAGGUGGUUUUGGAAGGGCCUGUCUGUAGGGGUAAUCAAGUCACUGGAUGGCAUACAAACAAGAGAGGGGGUGUACCUCGUCGGUUUCCAAUUGGUUUCUCUGGUUUUGCUUUUAACAGCACUAUACUUUGGGAUCCCCAGAGGUGGAACAGCCCCACUUUAGAGUCUAUUAUACUCCAUUCAGGUGGCAGAGGUGGCUUGCAGGAGUCAAGAUUCAUCGAGAAGCUUGUCGAGGACGAGACUCAGAUGGAAGGCCUCGCAGACAACUGCACUCGGGUUAUGGUCUGGAAUUUGGACUUGGAACCUCCACAGCUGAAUUACCCUACUAGCUGGCAGCUGCAGAAGAACCUAGACAUCGUCGUGCCAAUAACAUAAACCGCGAUGCUGCUGCUGCCCUUUUUGUUCGCGCCUCCUAGUGAGUGUGGUGGAAUGAUGACGACAAUGCCCAUGCCUUCCUGAACUUGGUAGCGUCCAGGAUCACGCGAAGCUGCUCUGCCAAGACCUGGUUCGAAUAAUGUGGUACUAGUAACAACAGUUGGAAAGCGAAGAAGCCUGCCUGACAAAAGGAAAAAUUCUUUCUCCCCCCGUUGCGCUGCAUUACCAAUGAUCCUCAACAUAGAUAGGCUUGUAUAUUUCUUUUCCUUCCAUUUUUCGAUUAUUCCUGUUCGUUACAUAUACCAUGCAUACAUACAUACAUACAUAAAUACAUAUACACCUUCAUUCAUUCAUAAGUA